CGCCGUAUGGUUGUGUACCUGAAGAAUUUUUUCGCAAUAGGUUUCAGAUCCGCAGUGGACUGUGGCCAGAGUGGUCGAGGCUACAUUUUAUGGUUUGCGUUGAUUUAAGAAGAGCUCCAUCAACAUCAUCUUGUUAUUACCGCGCGCGCGUCCAUCGAUUUCGUAUUUGAGCAUUUAAAUCGAUAGUGCGGACAGAUAUUACUCUCUGGUGCGAAUUCAGUGACCCAUUUCUUUAUCUUCUCGAGAUGGAAGUGCCAAAAUAUGUCAAGCCAAAGCUCGAAUUGGACGAUGUGCAGAAAUUCUCCCUGAUGAAAUUCAGAAGAAGUGUGAAUGAUAUUUUGCAACCCCACCACGAUGAUUAUUUCCUUGUCAGGUGGCUAAGAGCUCGUUCAUGGAAUCCGGAAAACGCAGAAAAAAUGCUACGAGAGUCAAUGAAAUGGAGGCAGGAGUGGGAGGUGGAUGGGGCCCUCAAAACAUGGACACCCCCUGAGGUUGUCAGAAAAUAUCACCCUAGUGGAUGCUCGGGUUAUGAUAAGGAUGGCGCACCUGUUGUCAUAGUACCUUUCAGUGGAUUGGACGUUGUAGGGAUGUUACACUCUGUGCCAAGACAGGAUCUGAUCAGGGCAACUAUACAAAUAUUAGAAAAAAAUCUAGCACUAGCUGCUGAAACUGGUAUCAACCAAGUUGUGGUCGUUUUUGACAUGGACAAUUUCAAUCUCAGACAGUAUGUGUGGAGGCCAGCUGCUGAGGUGGUGAUACAGCUUAUCCAAAUGUACGAAGCAAAUUAUCCAGAGAUUUUGAAAAUUUGUUAUAUAAUAAAUGCCCCUAGAGUUUUCGCCAUUGCUUUCAACAUUGUGAAGAAAUUUAUGGAUGCCUAUACAAUCAGUAAAAUACAAAUAUACAAACACGAUCCAGCAAAAUGGAAAAAGAUUCUGAUAGAGACCAUAGGGGCUGACAGUCUUCCAAAAUAUUACGGUGGUAAUUUAACUGAUCCAGAUGGAAAUCCGAAAUUACUUUCAAAGAUUCAACAGGGGGGCAAAAUACCGAAAAGUUAUUACAUGAAAAAUUUACAAAACGAUGACCCGGAAACGGAAAAAGAAUACACAACUGUCACGAUUAAGAAAGGGGAUAAGUUGAAGCUGAAAUUCGAUGUUCAUGAGGAAGGAUCUUUUCUGAGGUGGGAUUUCCGCACAGAAAAUCACGAUAUCCGUUUUGGUGUGGUGGUUAGCGAUGUGGAAGGAAAAGAAACACCAGCAGUUCGUCUGAAUAGGGUUUCUGCACAUCAAAUGGAUGAAAGCGGUGUUUUGGCAUGUCAGUCACCAGCCACUUAUACGGUAAUCUUCGAUAACUCCUACAGCUUACUGAGAGGCAAGAAACUCCACUACCGAAUUUACGUCACCCCUCCCAUCAAAGACCUCAGCAUAUCAACAGCAGACGCUCAAACCAUACUGAAGGAAAAUGAAAAAGCGGAAAAAGAAGAAUCAUUGAAAAAUUCGAACCUCGUUAACGAAAUAGAGCCGGAAGAGAAAUUUUACGAGGCAACAAACAACAUGGAAAAUGCUAUCAUACAGUCUGUUCCUGAGCCAGUAGUUCGAGAACAACUGAAACAUGCCGAUCCUGAAUCUGUCUUCAUAUACGUCGAAGUAGGCGACAGACCAACGUGGAAAAAUCCACAAUGUCCCUUCAGAAAAGAUAGCAGGACUAAAUUGAUGCAAAUUCCAACUUUAGUACGAUGGGGGGGACCACAAAAACUAGCUGGUGAACAGUGUGAGAAGCCAGAGCUAUUCGAAAUGGCACGCAGAAGUCAUGGAAAAAAGAGAAAAAGUGAAGAUUUCAUCUGCGAAAUUGAUGAUAAAGAUUUAUCACCGGAUGAAGACGACAAUGUCGAGAGUCCCAGAUGCAAAAUGAGUAAAAUUGACGGUAAUUUGAUCGAAACAUCAAAAACAGAAAAAACUUCUAGUAAUAAGGAAAAUAAUUCAUGUGAUGGGUCUGUAAUAUCACUCACAGAUGAAUCAGAUGAAAUGAACAAAACACAAACUCAGAAAAUUGCAUCUAGUAGUAGGGAAGAGACUGCGUACUCUCAAAACACUACAAAACAAAUGUCCGAAAACUCCAACAUGAAUGAGGUGAUUGAAAUUGAUGAUACUAGUGCGGGUCUAAAUCAAAGUGUGUAUAUAGUUGAAGAUCCCAUUCCGGUUAUGGUAGUGUCGGAUGAUGAUGGUGAAGAAGGAGAAAUAAUUGAAGAUUUGGAGGUAGUUGAUGAAGUCCUUGCAACACCGCAACAAAAAACACCUGAAAAAAAGAAUCCCAAGAAAGUGUCUAUGGACAGUACCUUUUUUGAAGAGAAUGAAGAAUUUCAGGUGAUCGAGGAAAUAGGGCCAUCGCCAAUGCCAAAACAAAACGAAAAUCUUUUCAACAUAACAUUCACAUGUCAAAAAACCAUGGAUCAGUAUGGACAUCUCUUGGUUAAAUUCUUGAAAUCUUUUCCAGAAAUUGAAGUUGCAAGAGAUAAACUGUCUAUCAGGGUAAAAGGGAUAGAAUCAUUUGAGGAAACUAAAACUCCCAAAAAGAAGAGUAAGAAGAAAAAGGCUAAAAAAGAUCUUUUUGUUGUCGAUACCAACCCUUCAUCAAAUGACGAUAAUUCACAGUUUCCUCAGUUUAGAUACACUAGCAAAUUUGAAAUAAGUGAGCAAGAUAAACCUGAAGGUAUUGAGGCCGGCAAUUCUAAAAAAAUUUGUUUUAAUUGUGAUGGGGAUCAUGCCUUGAAGGAUUGCAAUAUUCCUAGAAAUCACAGGAGGAUAAAUCAAGCCAGACAGCAGUUUCAAGAUAAAUACAAAACAGUACGUUACCAUGUUGAACAAAACCAAAAGCUUGCUGACCUGAAACCGGGAGUUAUUUCAGAAAAUUUACGAAUUGCACUUGGUUUGAACAAAAAUGAGUUACCGAAUCACAUUUAUAGAAUGAGAUGUUUGGGUUAUCCACCUGGCUGGUUGGAAGAGGCCAAAGUGUCGCCUUCAGAUCUCACUUUGUUCAAUAUUGAUGGUGAAAAGGUGGAAAAUAGGAACCUUUUGAAGAGUUCAAUUGACCCAAGUAAAAUAAUUGAAUAUCCUGGUUUCAAUGUGCCUCUAAAGAAAGGGUGUUAUGAUGAUUUCAGAAGACAUAAAGUUAGGCCUUAUAACAAGUCGAUGCAUAAGUCAACAAUGAUUAAAUAUUUUGAGGAAAUGUCGCAAAAAGAAGACACUGCAGAAAGUAAUAGCGACAUGGAUGUUCCUGAGACAAAAAUGGUUGAAAAGAAAAGCAUUGAACAGAUGGUGAAAGACCAAUCUGCAGUACCUGUAAAUUCUCCUUCACUUGUUGAUUUGGUAGAGAAGAAAAAACAACUCAUGAACGAAUUGAAGGCUGACCAACAGCAAGAUGAGUCGAUAUCAAAUGAAAGUGAAGACAUUUCUCAGGAUACUGUUGAAGAUAACAGUGAAAAAAAAGACAUUGUUGUAGCAGUGAAGACUACGGAAUUAGGCACUCCCAUUCUGAAAAGCAGUUCUCCUUAUUCCCGUCUCCCAAAUCCUGACAAUUUCUCGGUUGGGGUAAGCCCAGUCAUUGAUUUUGAGAACCUUCCAAAUUCAACUGGCAAAUAUGAAGAGUUGUCGAAAGUUUUAAGCAAAGUAAGAAUGACGAUGAAAAAUAUUUUAUAAAUAGAUAUUUUCCAGAGUAUAUGAUACUCAAAUUAAAAAGAAAUCAUUGAAUUGUUGAAGAGAAAAUUCAACAUAGAAAUUCACCUGCCACGAAUAGAUAUAAUUUUCAAUAAAUUUUAAAAAAAUUUUGUAUUUUAUUCCAUAUCUACAGAAUGUUUGAAGGGUUUGGAGAUUUGUGUUGUUGAACACAAAUUUUAUUUUGUAAAUAGUACUAUGUGGAUUUUUUGAAACUGGAACAUUUAUGAAGAAUUUGUGUAUAUUAAAUAAAGUUUUUCUUUAA